ACUUCAUCUCCUUCCACAGGUGAAAAUCACAGGCUGAUAAUACCACCCGUUCAAUAUUUCUAAGUUACUCAGUGCUUUCACUUUCAUUCUGGUAGAUUGAGAAUAGCUUUUCUACAGUAAGAAAAAGCAGCAGUUCAAUGCCAAGACAAACAGGAUUGUACAUAUAGCCUGAUGGAGAACUGGCUUACAUCCAGCACUGAACAAGAGCACCUUAGAGGUUGCCCUUCCUGGAGCUCUCAUCCGUUCUCCCUGCCCUUUCCCAGCACAGCAUCAGGAGCUGUGGAGACUUCCUGACCCGGGUUCACUGAACUGCGCCUCUGAACGCACACCAGGUUCACACUGCCAGCAAGGCGAGGGAAAAACAAGCAAGUGGCUGCUACGGAGGGAUGACCUCUAAGGAUGCUUCAGGUGAAGCUCAUAGUAACUGGAGAUGACUUUGGCUAUUGUCCUCGGAGAAACCAAGGCAUCGUGGACUGUUUCCUGGCUGGUGCAGUAUCCAAUGUGUCCCUUCUAGUCAACGGAAGUGCUGCAGCAGAUGCAGCCAAGCUGGCAAGGAGAUACAACAUCCCAAUAGGCCUGCAUGCCAACCUCUCCGAGGGCUCUCCUGUAUGUGAGGUGCUCAAGACUAAUUCUUCUCUGCUCAGCCAAGAUGGAUUCUUCCAUGGGAAAAUGGGAUUCAGAACAGCUCUAUCAAAAGGUCUCCUGAAUAUGUCAGAGGUGAAGCAGGAGCUAAAGGCCCAGGUGGAGCUGUUCCACGAGCUGACAGGUCACCUACCUCCUCACAUGGAUGGACACCAGCACGUGCACGUCCUCCCAGAGGUCAGGCACAUAUUUGCAGAGGUGUUAGAGGAAUAUGGGAUUAAAUACACACGAGUCCCUAUAGAGCCAGGCCUUCAUAACUGUGACUGGAUCCCUCCAUCCCUGAUGGACUUUUAUCUGGGAGUAGAAGAAGAUUCUUUUAAUACAGUGGAUGUGUUUACAAGACAUGGAAUAAGGUGGCCAGACAUUUACAUAGGUUUGAGUACCAUGGGCAAGAACAUGUCUGUCAGUAACAUCUGGAGCGCCAUCGACGCUGCCAUCGCGGAUUUCACAGCCAAGGCGCCCUCACCCGCACACCCGCCACCGGAGAGCAGGACAGUUACCAUUGAGCUGAUGGUGCAUCCAGGGUACCCGAGCGUCCCGCCCGUCGGUGGCUGUGGGGAAGGACCAGACGAUUUCUCACAGUCCUGGGAGCGCCUCCACGAACUACAGACAUUAAUGAAGCCAGAGCUGCAGAGCCACUACAAAACCAGGAACAUUCAGCUUUGUUCAUUCAAAGAUCUUUAAGUAUACACACAUACGUUUAUUUGUACUCUGAAGAUACGCAGUUGCUCACGUCCAGAGAAGCCAGACCACAAGUACCAGUGUAAAUAGCUGCUGGUACAGCUGACAGGAGCUGGGAACGGCAUUCUCUGCUCAGAGCAGCCAGAUCAGGGGUUUAGCCCAGUGGUCUGUGCAGCCCUGUUGCACAUGCAGCCUCUGCCAGAGUCAUUACAGCUCUUCCGAUUUACAUUGGCUCUUGGCAUUAAGCCACCAGAGGAAAGUAACAGCCACAGCCCUUCCAGAGAGGCUUUUCUUGCCCCCUUAUAUUUUUUUUUAUGACAUUGCAAGAACAGCAACUGUUGACCCAUCUGCUGUUUCAGUAACUGCUGCAUGCGAGCGCUCACCACCAACUGUUCCUGCGCUGCCUCCCACGGGCCCCGCGCGGACGGCUGCGCACCAACUGCGAGCAAGUCUUCCAGCGGAGAAGGUCCUUGAUUUGUCCAUUGUCCUUUCGGUCAUCAAAGCAUCUGAACUUCAACAAGCCCUGGUAACACUGAUACCUUUAACUGUGUUCUUAACUGUAGCCCUGUCACUCACGGAUAAUGUUUACAUGGGAAAGAAGUAAUUUAGAUUGUUUAUACUAAUUUUCUGUGCAAAAGUGAUCUAUUUAACAAUACUUUUUCGUUAACCUUUAAUAUUAAAAAUGUCAAUAAGAUCAUAAUUCUUUAAAUGAAAAAUAAACUCAGGCCUUUUCUACUGUAAUGCUCCAGGAGGCUUUUGAAUUUAGUUAUGGCAGAACAAACUAAACCCACUGUGACCGCCUGCGGGCCAGCUCUUUCUGUCACUUAGUGGGAAUUGUCUGAGCUUCCCUAUAAAACAUCUGAGGAAGUUUUUGUUCUGUACAAAUAUGAAAAACAUCAUCGAGGAUGCUUUAGGAAAUAUUUUUCUAGGUUCUUUGCUGAAGUGUCACAGAGUGAAUUUGAUGGGUGCCAAGUUUGUUAAAAUAAAAAUGACCCACCGUACUGUGCAAUUGCUACAUCUCAGCGAGCUGGGGAAGAGCAGAGUGAAAACCAGCUGCAGCUCCAGAGCCGUCAGAGCCGGGAGUGCCAUCUAGUGACUGGGGAUCCUGGAGUCACAGCGCUGGUUAUCUGAGAGCAGAUCUCAGCCUUUCAGUACAGCAUUCGAUCUCCGUCCUCUUUCAGCGGGCUGCCCACAAACACGAGCCAUCGCUUCAGUUACCUCUCAUAGCUGAGAAACUGAACUCUGGAGAACACGCAAAGGGCUGACAGCAGUAUCUGUGGGACCCUUGCAGAUGGGACUGGGACGGCUGGUGCAGCUGAGUUGUGCACCCGUGGGAGCUCCUGGAUUACACGGCCCUUCCCCUUCCCUUCCAACAGCCCCCGCUCGCACUGAGGCAGAGAAACGCCGUCCACAGCCCGAGAGGCUUACAACCAGGAACUACACCGUGUGGUAGCAACGAGCGAUGCAAACUAGCACUACAGUUUUGUUUUAAAUAGAAUUUGGAGAAUGGCAAGUCGCGUGCCAACAGACAUGAUCAAAAGGUACAGUGACUCGUGAUGCAGAAGUUACACACCUCAGUUUGACAGGUAAUUUGGCAUUACUUUAUUAUGAAUCCGAGUGAGCGUGAAUGAAACAAAAUCAGUACCAACUUUCUGCAAAUGAAGACACAAAGAUGUGAAAAUUUGGUAAUUGACAGUGCUCUCACAAGCCUGAAAACACUUAGGAAAUGCAAGUUUCCGUAAAUAAGGUGAAUGUGGUUUAACGUUAUUUACCUGCCAAAGAAUCUGUCUAAGAACACUUAAACAUAAAAUUUCUUAGCUCCCUAACUUAUAAAAAAUUUACUUUCAACAGAGGUGAGGUACUGGGCUGUCAUUGUGUACACUAAGUCGGAGAUGAAAGCCGGAUGAGAGGGAUGAAAGAAGAAAUAGCAAAUAUACAAGACAUUAGAACCAAAAGAGACCUACCGCUUGACACACUAGCUCUGAAAGGUUGCAAAGGCAGAGGCUGCAUUAGAAUCGAACUCAGGAGUACAGACAACCAGCUGGGUGUGAGGGAUUGUGUAACUCCCCACACAUCAAAACGAUAUGUGCUCCCAGACACCUACGGAUUUCUGGAGAUAAAUCCAUUUACUCAGUGACAUACCCAGGCCUGACGGGCGGGAAGAGUCGGCAGUUUGACUGUGUGGCAGUUUAAGUGCGGAGCUACGGUCACGCUUUAGACUGGGGAAAAAGACAGG